UCAGAUAUGGUCACCAAUACCGAGAGUAGACAAAAGUUUGUCAAAAGUGUGGUCACAUUUCUGGAUAAAUACAAUUUCGAUGGCCUCGACUUGGACUGGGAGUACCCGGGCAACAGAGGGGGCGCCGCCAGUGAUAUCGAUAAUUACGUGAAACUACUCGAGGAGUUAAAGGAGGCGUUUAAACCGCACGGAUUUCUGCUAACGGCUGCCGUCUCCCCGGGCCGGGGAACCAUCGACAGGGCAUAUAUUAUACCCAAACUCAAUGAGCUGCUGGAUUGGGCUAAUAUAAUGGCGUACGACUAUCACGGGGGGUUUGAUGACUACUUGGGACACAACGCCCCCCUCUAUAGCCGACCCGACGAGACCGAGGAGUUGGAGAGGAAAUUGCAUCAGAAUUACAGGACAUUUAAUGUCGACUAUACUAUCAAUUAUUAUGCGACACACGGACUCAGCAAGGAUAAGAUGAUUAUGGGAGUGCCCUUCUAUGGCAGGGCCUGGACUCUGAUGAAUGCCUCUCAGAACCAUCUCCACGACGAGGCAAGGGGUAUGUCACCGGCGGGUUAUAUAUCUCAUGAGGAGGGAGUGUUUGGCUAUAAUGAGAUGUGUCAAAUGAUAAUUGAAAACCCGUCGCAAUGGGGGCACUCGUACGACAAGGACUAUAGGGCUCCCUAUUCGUGGACUAAAGAUAUAUUCGUUGGAUAUGAUAAUGUGGACAGUAUUCAGUGCAAAGUAUAUACCAUUUAU